AUGCAGGAGCAGCAGCAGGAGCAGCAGCAGUGCUGCAUCCCUGUCAGCGCUGCGGAAAGGCGCGCGAGGAACAACUGGACGGUCCUGGACCCCUCGUUGGCAUCUGAGUGGAAGCGCAUACGCGACUACAGGCUAGGGGAGGCGGCCUCCAUCAGUGACAGCAGCAACGACCAGAAGACCUUGUUGCUCACAUACUCGGCCGACAACACGACGUCGCGCUAUUACCUGUACCGCCGUGGCACCUGGCCGCCCACCCUGCUGUUCGAGGUGCAGCCGGAAAUUACGGCCUACCAGCUCGCCAAGAUGAACCCUGUGGUCAUAACGGCGCGCGACGGCCUGAAGCUUCCCGCCUACCUGACCCUGCCGGUCAAGCCCGGCGUCCCCCAAGGCACCCUCCCGCCCGCCGUCCUCGGGCCGCUGCCAUCCGCAACCGGCGCGGUCCAGCUCGAAAGCCAUGGGGGCGGCUCGCGCCAGGCGCUCGCGGCCGCGUCGGGGGACCCGAAGAAGUCAGUCCACUUUGCGACCCCAGCUGAGCUUGCGGCGUCCAAGGGCGCCGCAAAGCCGCUGAACCUGGGGCUGCCACUGAUCCUCUACGUUCAUGGCGGCCCCUGGAGCCGCGACGGCUGGGGGGCUGACGGCGUCGGCCAGUGGCUGGCCAACCGCGGCUACGCUGUGCUGCAGGUCAACUUCCGCGGCUCGGAGGGGUACGGGAAGGUUUUCCUGAACCUCGGCAACCGUCAGUGGGGCGUCGGCUCGAUGCAGCAUGACUUAUCAGACGCGGUCAAAUGGGCGGUGGACAAGGGCAUCGCUGACCCCAAGAAAGUGUGCAUAAUGGGCGGGUCCUACGGCGGCUACGCAACCCUGGCUGGCCUGGCGUUCACGCCGGAUCUUUACGCGUGCGGCGUCGACAUCGUGGGCAUCUCCAACGUGGCGACCUUCAUGAGGUCUAUCCCGCCCUACUGGAAGCCCUUGCAGAACGAGUGGAUCACGCGGGUCGGCGACGCAAAGAACAAUGCAACGCUCAACAAGCAGAUAUCGCCAGUGUUCCAUGUCGACCAGAUCCGUGCCCCUCUACUUAUUGGCCAAGGCGGCAACGACCCGCGUGUCCCCAAGGCGGAGUCAGACCAGAUGUACAAGGCGAUGAAGGCACAAGGGCUGGACGUCACCUACAUCUGGUAUCCUGAUGAGGGCCACGGCUUUGUUCGGCCCCAAAAUCGCCUUGAUUUUUACUCCCGCGCCGACCAAUUUUUUGCCAAGCACGUAGGUGGCCGCUCUGAGCCGUUGAUCAACCCCAAGGGCACAAGUGCGCGGGAGGUCAACACAAAGCGGCGGCGGUGA